AUGCUCACCAACCCUUCCCGCCAAGUCCUCCUCCGGACCCAGCAACUCCUCCGAUCUACCCACCAUCAUCACCGCUCGGCCGCCCGCGUGCUUUCCUCUCACCAUCCCGCAUCAUCAACCGCCCAACGUGUCUUCUCAACCCACCCUAUCGCUCGAUCCCAGGAUGGAGACCCUCAUCCGACUUCGCUGUAUACGUUCACGGAGGAUGAGUCGAUGCUCAAAGAUCUCGCCCAAAGGUUUGCCGAAGAAGUGGUGGCCCCAAAGGUGAGAGAGAUGGAUGAAAAGGAAACAAUGGAUCCGGAGAUCAUCAAAGGCUUAUUCGACAACGGCUUCAUGGGAAUCGAGACCUCCCAGGAACACGGUGGCUCGGGUGCUUCGUUUACUUCAGCGAUCCUGGUGAUCGAAGAACUCGCCAAAGUAGACCCGUCCGUCUCCUUGAUCUGUGACGUCCACAACACGAUCGCCAACACGACCAUCAGAAACUACGGCUCCAAGGCGCUCCUGGACAAAUAUAUGCCCGGCCUCUCGACCUCCAACGUGGCCUGUUUCUGUCUCAGCGAGCCUGGGAGCGGAUCAGAUGCGUUUGCACUGGCUACUCGUGCGACGAAAGACUCCAACGGCGAUUACAUCAUCAAUGGCAGCAAGAUGUGGAUCACCAACAGUAAGGAAGCCGAAAUCUUUGUCGUCUUUGCAAACCUCGAUCCGAGCAAAGGUUACAAGGGAAUCAGCUGUUUCCUCUUGGAGAAAAGCAUGGGUGUCGAGAUCGCUAAGAAGGAAGAAAAACUAGGGAUCAAAGCCUCCUCGACGUGUACUUUGAAUUUCGACAAUGUCAAAGUGCCAAAGGAAAAUCUGAUUGGUCAAGAGGGUCUGGGAUACAAAUAUGCCAUCGAAAUCUUGAAUGAGGGGAGAAUCGGAAUUGCGGCUCAGAUGGUCGGCUUAGCUCAAGGCGCGUUUGACAAGGCUGUCAAAUACACCUACCAGCGCAAGCAGUUCGGAAAACCGGUUGGAGAGUUCCAAGGAAUGCAAUUCCAGUUUGCCGAUGUGCAUACCGAAAUCGAAGCCGCGAGGAUGUUGACCUACAAUGCAGCCCGAUUGAAAGAAGAGGGCAAGCCGUUCACAGAAAUGGCUGCGAUGGCCAAGCUGUUUUCGUCCCAAGUGGCUCAGAACGCUAGUGGGAGUGCUAUCGAGUGGUGUGGAGGCGUCGGGUUUACUCGAGAAACCGGAAUCGAAAAGUAUUGGCGAGACUCGAAGAUUGGUGCGAUCUACGAGGGGUCGUCUAACAUUCAACGACAGACUCUGGCCAAGUUCAUUCAAAAGCGACUCGGCUGA